UCCUUCACUUAAAUGCGUUUGAAAUAAUAGAAUCAGAAAGGGAAUGGGUAAUGUCUUCAUUAAAAAAAUACGACGUAUCGUACACUCGUGGUUUCCUUCCUCAUCAAAACCCUCUGCUCAAAUUUAGCAAUCCAUACUUCUCAAUCUGGGAUGAUAUCUUCAAUGAAUUAACCUCGCUCAUUCAGUUCAAGAAACUACAACAAGCUGUAGAACAAAUGCCAAUACUCGAUCAUAAUCACUUGGCAAGUGAACGGGAGUGGGGAAGAGCGUUGACUGUUCUUACCGCUGUUACUCAUGGUUAUGUCUGGCAAAAUGGGCAAAACGAUCCACCAAAGAUUAUCCCAAAGUGUUUAUCAAUACCAUUGGUGGCGGCUGCAAAUCAUAUUGGUGUGUAUCCUGUUGCUUGCGUCUGGUCAUCUCUGAUCAAUAACUGGAAAAUUAAAGAUGAAACAAGACUCGCUUUGGAUAUAAGCAACAUUGAUAUGCAAUCUUUAUAUACCGGAUCAAAUGAGGAGAUUUGGUUCUUUUUAAUUCACUGGGAUAUAGAAAUCCAGUCUGUACCAGGAAUUAAGAGUGUAGUCGCUGCACAAAAAGCUGUGCGUGACAAAAAUCAAGAACUACUCUGCGCAUGCUUGGUCGUUUUACAAGCAACUAUUCAGAAAUUGAAAAAAUCGUUAAAAAGAAUGUAUGAACAAUGUAGUCCAACUUUCUUUUAUACGAAAUUACGGAUAUUUCUAGCCGGUUGGAAGAACAACAAAUCGCUACCAGAUGGAAUUAUUUAUGAAGGAGUGAGCUCAAAACCAUUUAAGUUUUCAGGAGCAAGUGCAUCGCAAAGUACUACAUUUCAUUUGUUUGAUGCCGCUCUUGGCAUUACGCACCAAGAUGGUGAAAAGACAUAUCUGGAAUCAAUGUUGGAUUAUAUGCCUCGUGGUCAUCGGCAAUUUGUUCAAGAGAUUCGUAAAGGACCAUCUAUUCGUGACUAUGUUCUAAAAAGUGAAGAUGGUGAAUUGUUGAAACUAUACGACGACUGUGUGGAAAGUCUCGUGCAGUUUCGAAGUCUACAUAUUCAAGUUGUAACUAGCUAUGUGACAAUUCAAGCAGCAAAUGCGAAAAAUAAACUUGAUAGAGCACUGGUACAUCACGGCACGGGAGGAACAGAAUAUAUGUCCUUUCUGAAACAUGUGAGGGACGAAACAAAUGAUGCCAAGAUGAUUUAA